GGCCCCCGUUCCGCACAGACCGUCAUGAUCCACAGCAAGCAGCAGAUCGGUCUCCUGAUGGGCGGCUACCUCACUUACCUCCUGGUGGGUGCCAGAAUCUUUCAAGUUCUGGAAGGGGAUGAAGAGAGAAAACAGCAGGCCGCUGUGGUAAGGAUGAAGGAGGAUUUUCUGCAGAACUUCACGUCCCUCAGUCCUGCGGAGGUAGAGAUCUUUGUGAAGAAUCUGAUGGAAGCCGUCCGGAUGGGAAUGGAUCCGACGGGACAAGGGAACAGCAACUGGGAUUUCAGCAAUUCCUUCUUCUUCGUGGGCUCUAUGUUAGCCACAAUAGGCUAUGGAAAUCUUUCUCCCAAAACGGCAGGUGGUCAGCUCUUCUGCGUCAUUUUCUCUCUCUUUGGCAUACCCCUGAAUAUCGUAUUCCUGCACCACAUUGGCAAGAUUCUAUCUCUGCUCUGUGAAAGGCUUGCAAAAUGCCUGUUCAGGAAGGGUGUCAAGAAGAAAACGACGAGGUUUUUGACUCUUCUGUUCUUCCUGGUGAUGGGAAUUCUAGUUUUCAUUUGUGUGCCUUCCGUUAUCUUCCAAGUGAUGGAGGACUGGACCUACGGGGAAGCAAUCUAUUUUACAUUCAUCACCCUCAGCACAAUUGGUUUUGGAGAUUAUGUAAUAGGGAGACAGCAUAACAAGAGAUAUUUUCCCUAUUACCGAGUUUUGGUAGCUAUCUGGAUUAUUUUUGGACUUGCGUGGAUAGCCCUGCUAUUUAAUUUACUGACAAAUGUACUGGAAGACCCGGAUACAAAGCCGAUAGAAGAACUUCUCCCAGUCAAGACAGUGACAAGAAAAAAGAGAAAGUCAAAACGGUGUGCUCCUACUCAGUUUCCUCUUGAAGACGGGUUAUCAUGACAUCUCAGUGGUAAUGAACAGGAAAAUCAGUUACAGAAGCAAGAAAGCCAAGUCUUUUUUCGAAGUCGCACAUUAUUGGGAUACUCUGAUGUUUUCCUGAAAACUGACCAAGAUGAUUAUGUUAAACAUUAUGUAAUUUCAAAUAAAAUUUGAGUUUUUACAGAA